AUGCUCGAUAGCCAUCACGUCACUAGGCCAGUCAUAAAGGCCCCUAAGCCUUGGUACAUUAACCCCACGACAGGGUAUUCACUCUAUCCUGACGAGAUUCGAGCACGAGUCUAUGGGCUGGCGAAUUCGCUGAGCUCUAGAUGGCGUAUAGGAGAGGAUGAUGUCGUGUGUAUCUAUAGCCCAAAUAAUAUUGAUUAUCCCGGGGUGAUUUGGGCGAUCCACAGGCUUGGGGCCAUUGUAACUGCAGCCAACCCCUCGUACAACGCAGAAGAACUGAAGCACCAGUUGGUGAUAUCGAAAGCCAAGCUGAUUAUUGCGCACCCUUGGAAUCAUGCUAUCGCGCUCGUGGCUGCAACCGAUGCAGGAAUCCCUAGUGAUCAUAUCCUAAUGAUGGAAGCACCCGAAUCGGGAACCGCAACAUAUCCUGCGGUCCAGCAAUUGACCGCUGAAGGCUUGUCCAUGCCACAACUGUAUGAAGAGCGGCGUCUGAGGCCUGGAGAGGCCAAGACAAAGCUGGCUUUCCUCAGUUUCUCCAGUGGCACGACCGGCAAACCCAAGGCAGUGUGUAUCUCGCACUACAAUCUGAUCGCCAACGUCACACAAGUGGCACAGCGGGCGACAGCAACAGAAUUCCCGUCAGAAGACCUCAAGCCGAUCCGAGUUGGGGACGUCGCAUUAGGUGUUCUACCAUUCUUCCAUAUCUUUGGUCUUGUUAUCUCCGUGCAUUUUAUGGUCUAUUACGGGCAUUCGCUUGUGGUGCUUCCGAAGUUCGAGCUUCUACAAGUUUUGCACGUCAUUCAGCGCUAUCGGGUUAAUUCUCUGCAAGUCGUCCCACCUAUCAUGGUUCUGCUCUGCAAACACCCUGCUGUUGAAAAAUUUGAUCUUAGCUCGAUUCGAUUCUGCCUUAGUGGCGGAGCCCCGCUCUCUGCUGAGCUCACAAAUCUGGUAGGGGAGAAAUUCCCUCACAUUCUACACAUUGGCCAAGCGUACGGAAUGACAGAGACUUGCACAGCUGUGACGUUUCCACAUAUAGCAAAGCGGCUAGGGACGCUAGGGAGUGCUGGGCGCUUGCUCGAUGGUGUCGUUCCUCGUGUACUGAAGCGUGAUGGCUCUCUCGCUGGGGUGAACGAACCCGGAGAGUUGGUCGUAAGCGGGCCGUCGAUGACUCUGGGCUAUCUCGACAAUGAGGAGGCGACUCGGGAAACUUUCAAAGAUGGUUGGAUCCAUACGGGAGACGAAGUAGUAUUCAAUGAAGAGGGGGACCUCUUCGUAGUGGACCGUAUCAAGGAAUUGAUAAAGGUCAAGGGCUUCCAAGUGGCACCCGCGGAACUUGAGGGACACAUCCUGGAGCACCCAGAUGUGUCCGACACCUGCGUCGUGUCGAUUUCGGACGAAUAUCGCGGGGAGAUACCGCUCGCUUUUGUCGCGCUUAGCGGCGGCGCAGUUGAGCGUAUGAAGAAAAUACCCUCGGUUGGCCCCCAAAUCAAGGCGUCUAUUAUGAAGCACGUCGCCGACCGGACGAUCCAUUACAAACACCUGUCAGGCGGUGUCGAGUUCAUUCAAGCAAUCCCGAAGAACCCGAGCGGGAAGCUGCUCCGACGAGUGUUGCGCGACCAGGCCAGGGAGCUGCAGAAGCAAGGGAAAUUAUCGUCCCAACUGAAGGCUAAGCUAUGA